AUGUCUUUUGCAGAUAAUAGGGAACAAGAGAGGGAAAUCCGGUCCAGUUGUUCAGAUAAUUCUGAUAAACUCAUGGACAAGCAUUCUAAUUCAAAUCGUCCUUCAAUGACAAGAGGCAAGGAGAAGCGUGUUACUGCUACUGGUCAUGAGAUGGAUACUAUUCACAGGGACAGGCGUAAGAAAAUCAAAACCUUGUUUGAUAGCCUUCAAGCUAUGCUCCCUCAUGUGCCCAAGAAGACUGACAAAGUGACAGUAGUUGAUGAAACAUUGAACUACAUAAGAAAUUUGGAGGAAACUUUGAAAGAUCUGGAAAAGAAGAAAAAGGAACGACUUCAAUCUUCUGUGGGCUCUAAUGUGGGUAAUCCCAGUGGAACUUCAAGAGAGGCUUUCAUAGCUGAACAAGUAGCUUCCUCCUCACCCACCCCAAGUCCUCCAAGUCCUCAUAAUAAUAACUCAGUAGGGUUCCAAACUUGGACUUCUCCGAAUGUGGUUGUCAACAUUUGUGGCCAAGACGCACAAUUCAGUGUUUGCUCUUACAAGAACCGCUGCCUCUUCAGCAGCAUCUGCUGUGUUCUCGAGAAGUAUAAGAUUGAGGUUUUGUCUUCUCACAUUUCAUGUGACAAUAGUCGCAGGUUCUAUAUGUUUCAAGCACAGGUGAACAGAGAUUCGGUUCAGCUUCCAGGGGCAUUCUCAGCAGAAGAAACAUUCAAGCAAGUUGCUGAAGAAAUUAUUCGGUGUCUCUCCUGA